AUCAUGGUGUUUUUGCAAUACAAAAUAUGCAUAACAUUUUCUGAUUCCACUAGUUACUGCCACCAUUGGAAUUAUCAUUCCAUAGUUAGGGAUUAGCUAGUUUACUCUAAUCGUGGGUUGUGAUGAUGGUUUAUCUAUAUAACUUUUGGUGUACAAAAUUGCAUGGUCACGGUUGAUCAGCUGCCUACUGGACAGCAGUAGCCGAAACUACUACACAGCUUGAUCACCUGCCACACUGGAUGUGGAUUUGCAAUGAAGCCAGGUCAGUGUGUUUGAACCAGUGAUUUAUAUACGUCAUUGGUUUAACACAAUAGACGCGGAACACAAUAUCGAAUGUAUCGCGAGAAAUUACGAGAACGUAGCAACAGGACAACAAAAAUACAUUUGUGUACAAGCCAGAGUGCAUGAUGGCGGCGUUGCUGCUACGCCGGGACAAGAAAUCUACUGCUGCUCAUUUAAAGUCAGACCUUAAUCGGACUGACAACAGCUCUGGUGUCCGACAACUUCAAGAGCUGCUUGAUUCUGUUCUUAAUCCAGAAAAGCCACCGGCAGACACCGAGGCUCUUGACUGGUGUAAAUGUCUAAUAGCAGGAGAAGAAGGUUUCGAGGAGUUCUGCAAAACGGUCCGGUCCUAUGACAAUGCUACUCUAUGCGGCUUGGUUUGGACAGCAAAUUUUGUGGCAUACCGCUGUCGGACUUGUGGCAUUUCUCCUUGCAUGUCACUCUGCGCAGAGUGUUUUAACAACGGCGAUCACACAGGCCAUGAUUUCAAUAUGUUCAGGAGCCAGGCUGGUGGGGCCUGUGACUGUGGAGAUAGUAAUGUCAUGCGAGAAACUGGGUUUUGCAGACGGCAUCGGUUAAGAACCGGGGAGAAUGUUCCUUCAGUCCCCCGAGACUUACUACUGAUGUCAGAGAUGGUCCUCCCUCGCUUCAUCAUCUGUAUCAUACAGUACCUAAGGGAUGGAUACACUGAACCAGACACAUCAGCUGAGAGGGACCUACAGAAGGUCUUACAGCAGCUAGAGCCCCAGAUCACCUUCCUCGAAGAACUGACGAAGAUGGGCGGAGCAAUGAGAACUGUGCUGACAAAGAUCCUAACGAAUCAGCAAACAUUCAAGGACCUGAGCAUGGGUCAAGAAGAGAAUGUAUUUGCAAAAAAGAACUACGAGAACUACCUGUCAGCACUGAAGAACUCAGGCCUGGUGUCUGUGGAGGAGAAGGCCCAGACUGGGGCUGCAGAGCCCACACGAGGUUCUGAGACAGGGGCUCUGGGCUUACUGGGAGCCGCAGCACCAUCCAGCUCUGAGUCCAAUAAAGAGGAGGAUCAAGAUGGGCAAUCUAUUGGACAGAGAAAGAGGGUGAAACUUAGUAGCUCAACCAAAGAUCCAUCCAUUAUGGACUCUCUGAAACACAAAUGUUUUCUGGAGGAGUUGCUGUUUUGGACAAUAAAGUACGAGUUCCCUCAGAAGAUGGUUACUUUUCUACUGAACAUGCUGCCAGAUCAAGACUACAAGAUCACCUUCACAAAAACAUUUGUUCAACAUUAUGCGUUCAUCAUGAAAACUCUGAUGAAAAGCCAGGAGUCGGAUACCAUGUCCAACCGCAUCGUACAUAUCAGUGUACAGCUGUUCAGCAAUGAGGACUUAGCACGUCACGUGACGGAGGAGUGUCAACUCCUAGACAUCAUGGUCACUGUCCUCCUCUACAUGAUGGAGAGUUGCCUUAUCAAAAGUGAACUUCAAGAUGAAGAGAACAGCCGCCACGUUGUGGUUAACUGCAGCGAGGCUCUGCUGAAGAACAACACUUACUGGCCUUUAGUUAGCGACUUUAUUAAUAUUCUCUCACACCAAAGUGUAGCGAAGAAAUUCCUGGAGGACCACUCACUGCUCAUGCUGUGGAUGAGCUUUGUGUCCUUCUUUCAAGGUAUGAACUUGAAUAAGCGGGAGUUGAGUGAGCACGUGGAGUUUGAGUCCCAGACAUACUAUGCAGCAUUUGCGGCCGAGUUGGAGGCCUGCGCACAACCAAUGUGGGGUCUCCUCACACACUGCAAAGUCAAAGAGACACAGGAAUACACCAAGACGGUGGUGCGCUACUGCUUGGAGACUCUGCAGAUCUGGUUUGAUGCCAUUGGCUUUGUGGAUGAGCUUGCUCCAAAUCAGGUGACGUUUCACCUGCCACUGCACCGUUACUACGCCAUGUUCCUAAGCAAGGCAGUGAAGUGCCAGGGGCUUGACCUGGAGAGUCUCCUCCCAGACCAAGAGAUGCUCAUGAGGAUCAUGGUCCAUCCACUCCAGAUUCAGGCAAGCCUGUCAGAGAUCCACAGUAACAUGUGGGUCAGAAAUGGUCUGCAGAUUAAAGGACAGGCUAUGACCUACGUGCAGUCUCACUUCUGCAACUCGAUGAUCGAUCCAGACAUCUUUCUGCUCCAGGUGUGUGCCUCGAGGCUAGAUCCAGACUACUUCAUCUCUUCCGUGUUCGAGAGAUUCAAAGUGGUGGACCUGUUGACCAUGGCCUCUGUGCACCAGAAUACUGCACUUGACGGUGAGCAGGAGAGGCCAAUGCUGGAGGGAGCCUUGACGUUUCUCGUCAUCUUGUCCAGUCUUCGCAUCCACUUGGGCAUGGCAGAUGACGAGAUUCUUAGAGCCGAGAUGGUCUCCCAACUGUGCAUGAACGACCGUACCCACAGUUCACUGUUGGACCUCAUUCCUGAGAAUCCCAACCCCAAGAGUGGGAUCGUCCCAGGAAGUUGCAGCUUUGAGGAGAUGCUGUCUGCCGUGGCUGACUUCAAAGCCCCCGUGUUUGAACUAGGGGGUUCCAUGCAGCAGGGCAUGUACACACCUAAAGCGGAGGUGUGGGAGAAGGAGUUUGACCCCAUCAUGGUUAUUCUCAGAACAGUCUACCGUCGUGAUGUCCAGUCAGCAAUGGACAGAUACUCAGCAUUCUUGAAACAGUCCGGGAUGCACACGACGGGGAAUCCAUGGCCACCGUACAAAGAGCGAACUCCUCUGCACCCAUGUUACAAAGGCCUGGACAGGCUGUUGCACUGCAAAACUCUUCACAUUGUCAUCUUCACACUGCUUUACAAGAUCUGGCUGGAUCACUCCAACAUGUCUGAGCACGUUCUGUGCAUGGUGCUCUACCUGAUUGAGCUGGGCUUGGACAACCAGGUUGAAGAGGACAAGGGGGAUGAGGAGCCUUGCAUUGAGGAGCACUGCCAUGACAGCUGGUUCCCAGGCACCAACCUCUUGUCCAACCUGCACCAUGUCAUCAACUACGUGAGGGUGAGGGUACCUGAGACUGCCCCCGAGGUGAAGAGGGAGAGGGAGCCCCCUGCCAGCACCAGCGCCGAGGCAUCCAACUUCGGCCAGAAUGUGCGGGAGGCGCAGGUGUUCAGCCUGGUGGCGGAGCGCCGGAGGAAGUUCCAGGAGAUCAUCAACCGCAGCAGCACAGAGGCGAGCCAGGCGGUGCGGCCCAAGAGCAGCUCCACUCGCUGGGUCCCGCCCGGCACGCCUCCCCAGCUGGUCACCGAGAUCUUGGAGAUCCACGAGAGCAUGCUCUCCCUGCUCAUCAAGCUGCACCAGAAGCUGUCGGCCAAGCAGAACUCGCUGUCGGCCACCUGGCUGGAGGACAUGGACGCCAACCCAAACCGCCACGCCCACGGGGACGGCAUCACCGCCAUCGAGCGCAUCCUCACCAAGGCGGCCACGCGUAGCCACCAGAGCAAGCGCAGCAUCCAGGAGAUCUGUGGGAAGGUCUUUCCUCCCGUCGCUCCCAAGAAGAACAGCCCAACUGCCAAGAAGACCAUGGAUAAGGAGGAGAGGCGUCUGAGGGCUCGAGAGAGACAGCAAAAACUCCUGGCUGAGUUUGCCUCCAGACAGAAGAGUUUCAUGGAAACAGCCAUGGAUGUCGAAUCCCCGGACACUGAAGCAGCCAUGGACCUGGGUGCCUCUGAAGUAAAGGAGUCUGAGGUCCUCUAUGACUGUGUGAUCUGUGGCCAGAGUGGCCCUUCCACUGAGGACCGGCCCACUGGCCUGGUUGUUCUCCUCCAGGCCUCCUCAGUGCUGGGACACCGAUGCAAGAGCGACGAGGCGAAGAAACUGCCAACCACUGACGAGGAGCGCAUCUACCCAGCGGACACGUGCGGGGCUGCUCACGACGUCAGGCUGGCUCUCAUGCAGAGCUUCUUCAAAGAUAGUUCCUGUCUGCAGUCAGUCUCAAUAGGCUGGGAUGGAGGUGUGUAUGUGCAGACCUGUGGACACACCCUGCACAUAGACUGCCACAAGUCCUACAUGGAGUCACUGCGGAAUGACCAGGUGAUGCAGGGCUUCUCUGUGGAUAAGGGAGAGUUCACCUGCCCGCUGUGCAGACAGUUUGCUAACAGCGUGCUGCCCUGCCGCCCGGGCCGGAGCACCGAGGUGGUCAGCUGGCACAUGCCCAGCAACAAGAAGACCUCUGUGCUGGUGAAGGAGGUGGAGGACCUGCAAGAGCAGCUGGGAUUUUUCCCAGUAAGCACCACUACGGAGUCCAACCUCAGUAAGGAGAUGGAGUUGGUUAUCAAGGACAUCAAGAACACCACCCAGAGGAAGUACAUGGACUAUGGCAAGAACCCGGGUUCCCCUGACAAUGACUUCCUCUUCAUGUACUCUGUGGCCAGGACAAACCUGGAGCUGGAGCUGGUGCACCGUGGAGGUAACCUGUGUUCUGGAGGAGCCAGUGGUGCAGCCAAGCGCUCCUGUCUCAAUCAGCUGUUCCACGUGCUUGCCAUGCACAUGCGUCUGUACAGCAUUGAUUCUGCUUACAACCCCUGGACCAGGUUGACCCAGGUGGCCCUGAGCAGAGACAACUGCCUGGAUGACGAGAGACCAGAAGUCCCCAUGCUGUUCAGAGACUGCCCAUCCCUGCUGAUCAUCUUUGUGUUGACCAUGCCACAGCCGCUACGCAAAGAACACUUCAUCUGUCUGGUGAGGAUGCUGUACAACCUGCAGUACACCCAGGCCCUGGCUGCUCUCUCGGCCAAGUUCAGCCCCGAGGAGAGGCAGGCCUGGAGCACGUCUGGAACUCUCAAGAAGAAUGCUUUCAAUGCCGAGAAGUCCUAUGAAGCUCUUCUCAGCCAUGUCAUCACUGAGCUGUCCAAGGUGAAGACUGUGUAUGACGUGAACACUGACGAGCCAUCCAUGCUGAGCUCCAGUGUGUGGUCCCCACAGUCCAUAGAGUACAGCCUCCAGCAGUUCUGCCUGCCUUACCUCCGCCUCUCCUGUCUCCUGCAGCACCAUCUUUAUGGGGACAACCUGUCAGGCUGCCCGGAGGAAGAAGAGUUCUCAGGCCUGGCUGGCUGUUUAGGGCUCCUUGACCCAGCCCCUCAACCAUCUAACCCCAUGUACAGUGCCUCAUGUCUGGACUGGACGGUCAGUGCUUUCGACCUGAUGUCUCAAUGGUGCUCUGAGGUCACAGGGCUCGCCGACACUCAGGCUGAGAAAUCAAUGACUUUGCUUGUCCAGGAUCUGCAGUGGGCCUCCCCUCACCUCCUCCACUUACCAGACAACUACAACACCAUCUUCCAGUACUACCACAAGAAGGCCUGCACUGCCUGCAAAAAAGUUCCAAAGGACCCGGCGCUUUGCCUCGUCUGUGGCACCUUCGUCUGCCUCAAAGGGCUGUGCUGCAAGCAGCACGGGAUCUGCGAAUGCGUUUGGCACUCUCAACACUGUGGCGCCGCCACAGGCAUCUUCCUAUUGAUCAACGCCUCGGUCAUCAUCAUCAUCCGAGGACACCGCUUCUGCCUGUGGGGCUCCGUUUACCUGGAUGCCCAUGGAGAGGAGGACCGCGAUCUACGCCGUGGAAAGCCCCUGUUUCUAUGUGUGGAGAGGUAUAGAGUGCUGGAGCAACAGUGGGUCUCGCACACCUUCGAUCACAUCAACAAGCGCUGGGGGCCUCACUACAACGGACUGUAAGGUCACCUGAACCCACACCCUGAUGGGAAAGAAUCUCUUUGGUUUAUGUGUCUGCCUCUGUAAAACAUAUGGGAAUCUUAUCAUGUGAUAUAAACAAACAUGCAGUGAGGGUAUUACUGCCACAGCCUUGGUUUAUGUGAAGUUUUGUGUACAAUCAUGCCUAAAGACUAACCGUGUGUGUUUUUUUUAUUUAAGUGAUUUACUGUGUGGAUUUUAACUGGGAGAAAGCACAACUUUGCCCAGUAACAGAUUGGUUCUGAAGUGGUUUAGAAGACAGAAAUAUUUUUUGGGGGGGGCUCAGUUGGGUGAGUAUUUGUACACUGAUUGGCUAACAGUAUGAGCUCGAGAGAUAUACAUAUAGACAAAUUUGCCCUUGGUAAUGUUAAUGAUAAGCAUAUUGUCACAAUGUAUGGGUUGGUGCAUAUCGCUCAUUUUUCAGACUUUGUACUGCUGGCAUGGGUUUAAAGCUCUUGAUAAGUAUAGCGAUGUUAUUGCAAAUUGUGUUCUCGGUGUGUUUGUUGGGACAUUAUGGUAGGUGACAAGUCCACUCAGAGUUUAUUGCCGUCAAGCACAGGCUCUUCUUUUUUACAGUGUAGUUGCAAUUCAUCCUCAGGUAUAUUUUUUUUGUUGCUGUAGUUUAGAAUACAACAUUUUAAAUAUUUAAAUAAAUGCUGGUGCUCAUUGUUCAAAUAAGUAAUUUUACUUUUUGUAAAGAUUUUUUAUUUUCUAAAGAAAUAAAUGCUUUACGUUUAUGGUAGAUGACUGGCAAACAUGGUCACCAUCGCUAUUGGUCUUUGCAGUCCUGCCUUUACUUAGGCUCCGGCCAGGUCCCUGAGGAAACUCAAUGACCACUCACCAGUCCGGCCACAGUAGAGUACACAUAAGACUGGUGUGGAGUAUCUGUCUACUGUAAUUGGCAUGUUCUUUUUCCAAAACUUCCAUUGCUGAGAAUCAUUUCAAGUGCAUUGGGAUUUUGCUAGAGUUAAAAUAUUUGAAUUUGGGGACUCAAUGCAUAAGUUAUACUACUGAUAUGGCAUUCUGUAAGGGAAUGGUUGUAGUUUCAUCUUUUUAUGCUGAUGAAGACUUUUGCAGUUUUAGAUAGUACAGUUGAAUAUUUCUUUUGUGAGUACAUGGGCAAUACUUGGUUUGGCCUUUCACAUUUCCUUUGAGUUGCUCUGUGAAGUUAUAGUAAAUGUAUUGGAAGAUGUAUAUGGGCGCAUAAUGCAAAACCCUAUCUUUGAUUAACUAAAGGAACUAGUUGAAGAUGGCUUUCGGUCUCUUCAAAUUGUUAUCUUUGAAACUCCAUAAGAUGUCAUUUAGUUGGUUUUGAGAGGUGUAAUAGUGUUAACCUUAACAUAACACAUGGAUGUCAUUCACCUAAUCCACACUUGUGGUACAAUAUAUUUUUUUAUACUGUCAAAUAACCAAUCUGUUUAUUUGCUUUUGGUUGCCAAAGGUUAUAAUUAAAGUAGCUAUAUUUACCGUGCCUUCGGAAAGUAUUCAGACCCCUUGACUUUUUCCACAUUUUCUGUUCGGGCUUAUUCUGAAAUUGUUUUUUGACCCCAAUUUACACACACUACCCCAUAAUGAUAAAGCAAAAAUAGUUUUUUUUAAACAACUAACAAACUGAUAUCACAUUUACAUAAGUAUUCAGACCCUUUACUCAGUACUUUGUUGAAGCACCUUUGGCAGCCAUUACAGCAUCGAGUCUUCUUGGGUAUGAUGCUACAAGCUUGGCUCACCUGUAUUUGUGGAGUUUCUCCCAUUCUUCUCUGCAGAUCCUUUCCAGCUCUGUCAGGUUGGAUGGGAAGUGUUGCUGCACAGCUUUUUUCAGGUCUCUCCAGAGAUGUUCGAUCGGUUUCAAGUCCGGGCUCUGGCUGGGCCACUCAAGGACAUGUGUGCUUAGUCGUUGUCCUGUUUGAAUGUGAACCUUUGCCCCAGGUCUUGCGCUAUCUGGAGCUUGUUUUCAAGGAUCUCUGUUCUUUGCUCUGUUCAUCUUUGCCUCGAUCCUGACUAGUCUCCCAGUCCCUGAUAAACCUCCCCACAGGAUGAUGCUGCCACCACUAUGCUUCACCGUGAUGGUGCCAGGUUUUCUCCAGACGUGAUGCUUGGCAUUCAUGCCAAAGAGUUCAAUCUUGGUUUCAUCAGACCAGAGAAUCUUGUUUCUCAUGGUCUGAGUCUUUAGGUGCGUUUUGACAAACUCCAAGCGGGCUGUCGAGCCUUCAGUUUGGCUAGGCGGCCAGCUCUAGGAAGUCUUGGUGGUUCCAAACUUCCAUUUAAGAAUGAUGGAUGCCACUGUGUUCUUGGGGACCUGCAGAAAUGUUUUGGUACCCUUCCCCAAAUCUGUGCCUCGACACAAUCCUGUCUCGGAGCUCUACAGACAAUUCCUUUGACCUCAUGGCUUGGUUUUUGCUCUGACAUGUACUGUCAACUGUGGGACCUUGUCUAGACAUGUGUGUGCCUUUCCAAAUGAAGUCCAAUCAAUUGAAUUUACCACAGAUGGACUCCAAUCAAGUAAUAGCAACAUCAAGGAUGAAAAUGGAAACAGGAUGCACCUGAGCUCAAUUUCAAGUCACAUAGCAAAGGGUCUGAAUACUUAUGUAAGUAAAUAAGGUAUUUCUGUUUUUUUUGUUUUUAAUACAUUUGCAAACAUUUUUAAACCAGUUUUUGCUUUGUCAAUAUGGGUUAUUGUGUGUAGAUUGCUGAGGAUUUUUUUUAUUUAUUUUUAUCCAUUUUAGAAUAAGGCUGUAACUUAACAAAUUGUGGAACAAGUCAAGGGGUCUGAAUACUUUCCGAAGGCACUGUAUAAGGAAGACAUUCCCCUAUGCCUAAAUUUCUCCAAGUUUAAAUUAAGAUAUUUCCUUGGGUCAUGGAUGCAUUCCAACAUAAGACAUCGGACUUCAAUACCCAUAAUAUACCAUGGUCAUGAGAUUGUUUUAAUCACAGUUUUUGAGUUUGGUGUCUGAAAUGCUUAGUUUCAAUUACCAUGUCUCCAACUGGAAGAGUCGAUAAAUCUGAAGUUGUGCCUGAAAGAGUAAUAUUGCCUUGUUUCGUGAAAAAUCCCUGGGUAAUUAAUUCUGGUGAAAAGAUUUGGUGAAUUGCUGGUCCACAUCGUGCUCAAAGGAGGUACAUUUUAAGGGGGAAAAAACGCGCAUGCUGCUUAUGUGUACUGUUUCCCUUCCCUUUCUUUUUGCAGUCCCCACUUUGUACAUGACUGCAACAGAAAAUCCAAUGAGUGAGUGUACAUGCUAAUUGAAAGCUUUUUGUGUGUUCACCUGUAUGAAUGAAAAUCAGAAAACACAGUACAUUACUGUAGGUGCUGAUUCAUACUUUCUGAGUUGGAUCAGAAAGUGUGACUUAGACAUUUAUUGCAAAAUGUAACAUAUGUGAAUAAAAUAUAAACUGACUCGUUUA